UCUCUAAACAACUGGUUGAGUUAAGCUUGUGUGUGGUAGAAGGUGUAGUUUGCUAGCAGUUUUGGCUAGCUAUAGACACUGCUAACACAUCAGCAGCCAUGCCUUUCAUGCUGUGCUUUAGAGUGGCCUUUAUUCUGUCUCUGUGGACAACAAUGUGGUGUGAUAUCCUGAAGCAAGGUGUUCUUCAAAUGGAGUGUCGUGAACAUUACUUCAUGGUAGCUAUUGAUCUUGCUGUCACUGGACCGAAUCCUCAGUUUGAAGCUGUUGAUAUGACAGGUGGGUAUCCCCUGACACAGCAGUAUGCGGCAGAGUGCGGCUACAGCAUCAAUGUCCUCUCCUUUCUGGGUGUUGUAGAACUCAGAUCGUCUUACUUCAGCUGUCACACUGAAAAAAAUGGUGCAAAGUUUCUGUUCUAUUUUAAACUGAACACAAACCUUGAUGGAAAUGUGACAAACACUCUGAAUGCAACCUGUUCUCCUCCUGUCCCUUGGGCUCCCAGAGAGGUUUCCUGUGAGACAAACUACAUGGAAGUAUCCAUAGAGUACGAGUCUACUUGUCCUCAUCAGUUGAGUGAGGACUGGAGCUCUCUCAGACCUGCCUACAGCACUUCACCAUCAGAAUGGCAGGUGUCAUUUCAAAAACCAGGUGUUGUUCUGGCUCCCAUGAACUUCACGGAGGCCCGAAAGCAGGGUUAUGUUUUUGAGCUGAAAAACGGACGAUUUGUGUUUCGGACACCUUAUGGACAACCCAACUCGUACAUCACUAAGGACAAUGGUGUUCAAGUAGAAGUGGUGCAAGCAAGCAUAUUUUCCAGACGAGGCUGGUUUGUCAUCAUAGUCGACCUGGUUGCUGCUUGUUCCAUGGAUCAAGGAAUGUUGUCUGAUGGCUAUAUGAUGUGGGAUACUCCUGAAGCUUUGUACUCCAGUCUUGGCAGCACACAGAUCAGCAUUGGCCUAAAUGGUGACCUCGUAGGACAAGUAAAUGCAAAGCAGAAGGGUUUCAUUAUGGAGAAGCGCAACAACACUGUCCAUAUAGGCAUCCCAUACAAUGCUGUAGGAGGGUACAGGAAGACUUUAGUGAGCGGUGGCAUUUUUGAGUUUCGCAUCUUCCAAAUGUACUUGAAGCAAGUCUUGGUGGAUGAGUACCAAAGAGAGACAGUUGUCAAAUUUCAUAGAACUUUGGUCACUCCCCUCACACCUUACCCACUGGUCACAGAAGACAAGACUGUCGUGCAAGAAGGAAUGUUCACCGUAUAUCUUGGCAAUGUCCCGGACGAUGUGGACUUGACAUCUAUCCAGCUGAAUGGGGAGCAGUUUAUGCUGCCCUUACCUAGUGAGAGCACAUUCAUGAUUACAGCAGAAGCCCAACCUGACAACACCUUUAGCUACACCCUGAAGAUGCUCUUCAGUGACCCACUGGUUGUCCAGGAGUUCUCCAAGGAACAUGCAGCCAUGUUGCACCAACUGAAUAUCAACUACACUCUGACAGUGUCAGGGAGUGAGCCUUACCACUACACAACUUCAGUCACAGCACUUCUGGAUGUCUCACCCCCAGUGUUUGAAGCCAACUGCACAGCAGCAGGUAUCAACUUCAUGCUGGUCCAUCAGCCCUCUGACUACCUGUGGGAGUUCAGCAUCGGCGCAGAUCUACUGACCAUGGAGCUGGUAACGAGACGUGGCUACAUCAUGAACAACAGCAGUCAGACUCUGCAGCUCAACGCUCCACUCUUUACUCCUGGCUAUGAUUACAGGGAUGUUUCUUUGAGAGGCUUCUAUGGCACAUUUGAGAUCCUGGUGAGAGAUCGUGACACGUUAAGGGUCCGGGCUUCUACCGUCAAGACGUGCUACUUUGAAUCCAGAGAGUUCAUCAUGUGUUCUACUGAUGGGAUGAUGACUGUGGCUGCUGACUUGUCUGAGGUCAUUCCAAGUGGCCAGAUGCCAGUCAACUUCCACCUCUACAACAAACUUUGUGUACCCAAUGAAGUCAAUGGCAGCAGGGUGCUCUUCUCUUUUCCAGUCAACAGCUGUGGCUCUGUCAUUAAGCUCAGAGGAAAUGUGACCUACGGAAACAAGAUCUUGUACACCCCCAAUAAAAACAAAUUUAUUUCUCGUGACCACAAAGAAUGGGUGACUGUGCAGUGUACUUAUUCUUUUGAAGGCCUCAGUCGCCUUUUCUCGGUGUACAAAUUUGAAUCUGACGCAGAGGGUGUUGGUAACAUCAUCCACCGUGUGCAGACCACUCCAGUGCCAACAACAGCAUCUCCGCUGCAGAUCAGAAUGCCCAUCUAUUUACCAUCUUACCAAGAAAAUCCUCACUACAUCGGUGGCAUUUAUGAUCUAGCUGGUAGUUUCAGAAAAGGUAAAGGAUCCAUGCAAGGAAAGAAAAAUAUUCUUUAGAAGAAACUUGUCUUUUAAGUUGACUAAUAAAGCUCUUAAAUGAAUUGG